GGGAGAAAAAAAAGAACAGCGGGGAGAGAACGGGAGCCUGACGGAGAGCUGGCAGGAAAAAAGGGGGAACCCUCAGCCGCCUCGCCGGGAUAAAAAUACAUGUUCCAGGACGAGAUAACAGCAGCAUUGACCGUUUCUUCCUUUACGGUUGAUCAGUGACUGAAGAAGAAGAUGAUGUCCUCCUGAAUCUCCCCGCUCACAAUCCUCCACCCCCUACAUCCUCCUCACUGUCCUCACCCACACCACUGCCGUCAUCAUGAACCACACUCCCAGCCCCCACCUGUCUGACGGUGGUAAGUCGUCCGGAGGCGGGAUACUGUGCAGCCUGGGUUUGGGGUCUGACAGGGGGAUCCGGUCCCCGGACAGCCUCACACACACUCCCAGCCCCACAGGAGGAACCCCCAGCUCCAGCCCCCCGCUGCUGCUGUCGCCCGGGCUGGGAAGCCUUGGGCUGGGAUCCCUCGGAGCCAUGGGCGAAGGAGCUGGGGCCGACUGGGAGAGCAGGGAGGAGCUGAGGCUCAGGGAGCUGGAGGAGGCGAGGGCCCGAGCUGCCCAGAUGGAGAAGACCAUGAGGUGGUGGUCCGACUGCACCGCCAACUGGAGAGAGAAGUGGAGCAAGGUGCGUGCGGAGCGCAACCGAGCACGUGACGAGGUUCGUCAGCUGAGACAGCGGCUGGACACCCUCACCAAGGAGUUGACCAGCGUUCGGCGGGAGCGGCAGGAACUCGCGUCAGAGAAUGAAACGCUACGGCAGCAGACGCUGCAUCUCCGUGGCGACCACACAGCCCCUCCUCCAUCCGCCACUUCCCCCUCUUACUCCCCCGCACACCAUUGUGGUGCUUCCCCUUCUUCCUCCUCCUCCCCAUCUAUCCCUCCCUCAUCCACCGCUUCCUCCUCCUCUUCCUCUCAGGUUCACAAUGACAGCAAGCUGGAAAGGGUUGGGGAGGCACCGCCUGGGUCUCCAGAACCCGAACCAGUAAGGGACGUGGACUUGGACAGACAAAAGCUAGAUCAGCAAAAGGACUUGGAGCUGCUGGAGUCUGUCCUUCGUUCCAGGGCCCCGGGCGCCGACAGCCAGGAGGCCUGGGACAGUCGCGGCGGUGCUAACACGGCCAGCUCACGCUCGUCCUCCGGCCUGAGCCGACAGGAGCGCAGCAGGCAGCUGUGGGAGGACAUGAGCACAGCGGAGGAAGACUCGAGCAAACUCAACGCCCUGCAACUUCGCCUGGACGAGUCCCAGAAAGUCCUGCUGAAAGAGAGAGAAGAUAAACUUGCUCUGAGUAAGAGCAUUGAGAGGCUGGAGACUGAACUCAGUCAGUGGAAACUUAAAUAUGAGGAGCUCAGCAAGAGCAAACAGGAGGCCCUCAAACAGCUGAAUCUGCUAAAGGAAAUGCACCAGGAUGAACUCGGCCGCAUUUCUGAAGACCUGGAGGACGAGUUGGGAGCCCGAACCAGUAUGGACAAGAAACUAGCUGAACUACGAGCUGAGAUGGAGAGGCUGCAGGUGGAGAAUGCUGCGGAGUGGGGGCGCAGGGAGCGUUUGGAAACGGAGAAGUUGGCCUUGGAGAGGGACAACAAGAAGCUGAGGGCUCAGGCUGAGGACCUGGAGGAGCAACUGGCCAAGAAACGCCGGCAGGCCGCCUCCGCGCUCGACACUGACCUCAAGGCCAUCCAGAGCGAGCUGUUCGAGAGAAACAAGGAGCUGGCUGACCUUCGCCACAUUCAUGCUAAGCUGAAGAAGCAGUUCCAGGAGAAGACGGCAGAGCUCGCCCACGCCAACCGGAGGGUGGAGAGUCAUGAGGCUGAAGUCAAGAAGCUACGACUGAGGGUGGAGGAACUUAAGAAAGAGUUAGGACAAGCUGAGGAUGAGUUGGAUGAGUCUCAUAACCAGACCAGGAAGCUGCAGAGGUCUCUGGAUGAGCAGGUGGAGCAGACUGAGAACCUGCAGGUACAAUUGGAACACUUACAGUCAAGACUGCGGCGGCAGCAGCAGAGUCCCGGUCUGUUUGGGAAGAUGCGAUCGGCUCGGUUCAGUCCUGAAAACCCAGACGGUCCGAACAGCGACAUGGACGAGGAGGAGGAGGAGCUGCAGCUCCAGAUCCCGUGACACACACACAGACACACACAGCCAUACAGGAUAUACUGUUGCUUUUUUUUUUACACAAACAUCAGCAGUGGAAUAAAGAAGGUGAAUAUUGUUGCUCUGGUAGGAAAAAAGAAAAACUUUGUAUGUCCAGAAAUGACAACUGGAAGCAGCACCUCUGUCCUCUGCUCAACCAGUCAACCAGCACGUUUUUUAAAGGACCAAUCCAAAAUUUUAGGAAAUGUUUCACCCAGAGUCAGACUUCCUCAGCUGAUUGCUGACUGUGUUAAUGGUCAAUAAUCAAGGAAUCAUUUAAAACAAAACAAAAAAAAGAAAGAAAGAAAGCUUCAUCACAUAAAGCAUCUAUAUGUUUGUUUUUUCAAGGGUCUUAAAGAACCCACAUACCACCCAGCAGCAACAUAAUAAACAUAUACCUUUACCCUCACACGGAACACACACACACACACACUCCCAUACACACUAAAACUCACACAUGCUUGGAUGUAUUUAGACACACAGCAACAAGAUCAAACCCAGCUGUAGCGUGACAGACAGUAACAGGGAGUGGACAGUCCAGCCCUCAGUGGAAGGAUCUUUCCUCAGUGGAUUUGUUGACAAAAUUCCACCAAUCCACAGCAGCAGAGGCCGACGCAUUUCAUCCUUUCAGUGUCCUCACUCAUUCUUACCUCACACAUCACAAGCAUCACAUCUGUGUCAUCUGAACUGUAUUCAAAUACGCCUGAAGCCCACAUCUCCACCAUCAGUAUGAAUACUUGAAACACGGCUGACGGCUCUGAGGAAACAAGCCUUUUAUGUCCCUCUCAGCUAGAAAGUGUUUGAUGAAUCACACAGGAAUAUCAGUCAUUCUAGGAACUGACAUAACCACUAUUUUUAAAUGUGAGUAUUUUUCUCCUGAAUAUUGAAGGUUCAAACAUUUUUUUUUCUGAUGUGUUUAACGUCCACAACCGACACUGGGACCAACGCUACACAACUUUUAGCUUCACUAUAGCUCCUAAGUUGAAUAGAAUUCAUACAACCACAGUGUGUGUGUGUGUGGAGCAGAAACUUUCGUGUUUGUCACUAAACCAGCUUCACUUUGCUCCACAGCCAAUGAUGCUCCACAAUUAAUGCUGCCCUUCAGUUGCAUUAUGGGUCAUUGGUAUCAGGGCUGUGUUCAGAUGACACAAAUAAGCUCUUUGCCAAUAUGAGACCUGAACCCGACUUUACUAUAUUGUUGUCAUUUCUUUCCUCAUAGACAGUGUUAUGUGCUUGCUCUGGGGUGGCUUUCUCACACUUCCAACAAAACUAAUCUAACAACACUUAUAAACCAGCACAGGUUUAGUGGAAGUACACACUGAGAAGUGUGUUCACGGGUCACGCUCUGGUCUGAAGACCACAUCAGAACAUUGUCUGCACAACCAGUUAAGAGCAAUAUCAUCUGUGUUGAUCUCCUUACUGCUACAGUGAUGGGAAAUAUUUUAAACACGAUGGAGAUGAACGAACUGUAAAAGAGUGUGUUCCCAGCAUGACUGGAGCCGCUGUGUGUCUUUGUGCUGUGACCAGGUCUUAAUACAGACUGAAGUGAAUAUUCAACAGCUAGAAUCCAGCAGUGUUGUGCUUUAAGAGAUUGAAAGCUGAAAGUGGUUCCUUCAUGCAUCUAAGAUUUAAAGUUCAGGUUUUUGGUCAGGUCAGGUCAGUCAUUGGUAGUUAGACAGAUGAUCCAGUUCUGUUGAAAUGGAAGCUGGGUCCACAUCCAGAACUAGACCAUACAGACCGGUAUUCCAGACAACAAAGGCUAGAAACUCAUCCAGAGUUCAGUUCUGAGUCCAGAGUUUGGAUGUGCAGAUCACAUUUUUUUAAAUGCAGUGUUUAUGCUGAUAUUCAGUAUUUUACAAUAUU